AUGGAGGAAGAUAAAAACGAUUAUAAUCCAGAAGAAGAAGUUACUACAGGAAACUGGAACACCCCAAAGGUUGAAUUAAAAGAAGUAGAAAUAAAAACUGGAGAAGAAGAUGAAAGUUUAUUUUGGUCAGGAAGAUCAAAAUUGUAUAGAUGGGUAGAUGGAGAAUGGAAAGAAAGAGGCUUAGGUGAAUCAAAAUUAUUAUUACAUAAAAAAAAAGGAAUUAUAAGAUUUCUAUUAAGGCAAGAGAAAACUUUAAAAGUUGUUGCUAAUCAUUAUAUUUAUCCAAGUGAAUCUUACUGUAAGCUUGUACCAAAUGCUGGAAGUGAAAAAAUUUAUGCUUGGACAGUUAAAGAUUUUGCAGAAGAACCUAAAAUCGAACAAUUUGCAUUAAAAUUUAAUAGUGCUGAAGCUGCAAAAGUAUUUAAAGAAAAGUUUGAUGAAGCAGGUAGAAUUAAUAUUAAACUUCUUAAUAAUAAAGAAGGUGAAAAAGUAAAUGAAAAAGAAGAAAAGGAAGAAACAGAUAAAAAUGAUAAUGAUUCAAAAGAAAAAGAAAAAGAAAAAGAAAAAACAAAUGACACUAAAGUAGACAAUGAAGAAAAAAAAAAAGAAGAAAAGGAUAAUGAAAAAGAAGAUAAAGAAAAAUAUGAAGCAAAAAAAGAAGAAAAAAAAAUGGAGAAAGAAAAUAUGGACACGAAAAGUAAAGAAGAAAAAGAAAAAAAAGAAGUUGCAAUUAAAGAAAAGGAUAAUGAUUGUACAAAUAAAAUAAAAAAUGAUGAAAAAAAGGAAGAUAAAAAAGAAGAAAAAAACAAAGAAAAUUCGGAAAGUGAACAAACAGAAAAUAAAAAAGAAAACAUAAAAAGAGAAAAUUAA